AUGACCUACAGGCGCAGCGGGGCGGCCUCGGUGGUGCUGAACGUGGGCGGCGCCCGGUACUCGCUAUCCCGGGAGCUACUGAAGGACUUCCCGCUGCGCCGCGUGAGCCGGCUGCACGGCUGUCGCUCGGAGCGCGACGUGCUCGAGGUGUGCGACGACUACGACCGCGAGCGCAACGAGUACUUCUUUGACCGGCACUCGGAGGCCUUCGGCUUCAUCCUGCUAUACGUGCGCGGCCACGGCAAGCUGCGCUUCGCGCCGCGGAUGUGCGAGCUCUCCUUCUACAAUGAGAUGAUCUACUGGGGCCUGGAGGGCGCGCACCUCGAGUACUGCUGCCAGCGCCGCCUCGACGACCGCAUGUCCGACACCUACACCUUCUACACGGCCGAAGAGCCGGGCGCGCUGGGCCGCGACGAGGCGCGACCCGGCGGUGCCGAGGCGGCUCCCUCCCGGCGCUGGCUGGAGCGCAUGCGGCGGACCUUCGAGGAGCCCACGUCGUCCCUGGCCGCGCAGAUCCUGGCCAGCGUGUCAGUGGUGUUCGUGAUCGUGUCCAUGGUGGUGCUGUGCGCCAGCACACUGCCCGACUGGCGCGCCGCGGCGGCCGACAACCGCAGCCUGGAUGACCGGAGCAGGUACUCCGCCGGCCCUGGGAGGGAGCCCUCCGGGAUAAUUGAAGCUAUCUGCAUAGGUUGGUUCACUGCAGAAUGCAUUGUGAGGUUCAUCGUCUCCAAAAACAAGUGUGAGUUUGUCAAGAGACCCCUGAACAUCAUUGAUUUACUGGCAAUCACGCCGUAUUACAUCUCCGUGUUAAUGACAGUAUUUACGGGCGAGAACUCUCAACUCCAGAGGGCUGGAGUCACCUUGAGGGUGCUUAGGAUGAUGAGGAUUUUUUGGGUGAUUAAGCUUGCCCGUCACUUCAUUGGUCUUCAGACACUUGGUUUGACUCUCAAACGAUGUUACCGAGAGAUGGUUAUGUUGCUUGUCUUCAUCUGUGUUGCCAUGGCAAUCUUUAGUGCACUUUCUCAGCUUCUUGAACAUGGGUUGGACCUGGAAACAUCCAACAAGGACUUCGCCAGCAUCCCUGCUGCCUGCUGGUGGGUGAUUAUCUCUAUGACUACAGUUGGCUAUGGAGAUAUGUAUCCUAUCACAAUGCCUGGAAGAAUUCUUGGAGGAGUUUGUGUUGUCAGUGGAAUCGUCUUAUUGGCAUUACCUAUCACUUUUAUCUACCAUAGCUUCGUGCAGUGUUAUCAUGAGCUCAAGUUUAGAUCAGCUAGAUAUAGUAGGAGCCUCUCCGCUGAGUUCCUAAAUUAA